GAUGUUGGGUCAGACCUGGUACUGUCGAGUUUGUCCUCUGCUGCCCUGGAUGAGGCUGAGGCAGCAGUGCUGAGAGAGCUGAGUGAAGUCACUGUGCAGCUGCAGGGAGCCACAGCUGUCUCUCCAGAUCUAGACAGAGUGAAGGAAAUCCUGAUCAAAACUAAAAACGAGGCAAACCUUCGAGAGCUCAGAGUGGACGUCAGCUUCAUUCCAGUUCCCAGACAAGCUGCAGUGACCAAAGUACAACUGGUGGGCUACAGUGAAAAUGUGAACAAGCUGAAAGAGGUUCUGCAAGACUACCAGAUGAACCAGAUUGAGCACUUGCAGAAUGUUCAUCUGCAAUGCAUCUAUGAGGAGCAGAAGAUUCACAUUUCUGAUAAGAUCAGACAGGCCGGAGGAGCAGGUGAAAAGCUUCUGUACCACAAGACGACCCAGGACAGCUGUGACUCCAGCAUGACAACUGGGUUCAACAGCCGCUUUGCCGGGCAAAACGGAAAUCACUCUGACAACAAAGUGAACCUUGUUCUGCUGGGAAUGUCUGGGACUGGAAAGAGUGCGAGCGGAAACACAAUCCUCAGAAAGAAACAGUUCUUGUCAAGAGCCAGUUCAGUGCCGGUCACCACAGAGUGUCAGGAGGCAGAAACUGAGAUAAACGGUGCACGUGUGUGUGUCAUUGAUACCCCAGACAUCUUUAAUGAUGAAAUCAAAUCAUCAGUGACGAACCAACAUGUCACAAAGUGCAAACAGCUCCUUCAGUCAGAGCCUUGUAUGUUUUUACUUGUGUUACAUAUUUGUAGAUUCACAGAUGGUGAGAGAGACAUACUGAGAAAGUUUGAAGAAGCUUUUGGUAUCAGAGCUAAAGAACAAAAAGUCAUCCUGUUUACCCGUGGAGAAGAUCUGCAGCAUGCAGACAUGAACUUGGAGGAUUUUUUGCAGGACUGUAAUACUGAACUCGAGAACAUAGUUGAACAUUGUGGCGGAAGGUGUGUUGUUUUUGAGAACAAAGCCCCACGUCAACAUCAAGUGACAGAGCUCAUGCAGACAGUGAACACGAUGUUAAAUAAAUAUCAGAAUCAAUAAGUGUGCAUGUAUCAGACCAGAUCAAUAAAGUUUUGGAUGUGAUUUCUUUGUAUAUAGUUAUAUAUUGAUCAAGAUCAAUGGAUGAUCAGUUUCUAACCACCAGGU